UGACCAUUCACAUUUAAAUCACUUUCAUUUCGUCACAUACUUUCAUUUAACGAUUUCUUUAACCAUCAACUCAAGCUCUUUAUUCCCUCUCCAUGUGCGAACGUGAUCUUAUAACCACCAUCAACUCAACAACGAUUCAUUAGAAAUAGAAUCUUCUGGAAUUUUAUCAUUCAUCUCUCUUUAACACUUCAUUUUUCAGUUCUCUCACUAUGACGGAGCCUCUUCUCAGAGGCGAAAGCAGUGGAUUGAGAAACCGUUCGCGAGGGAUAGUCCGCCGCACCGAUGCUAUCACCUACGGUUCCAACUAUGAGAAAGCCGCCGCUCUCAUCGAUCUGGCUGAAGAUGGUGUUGGUAUACCUGAGCAACUUCUGGAUUCAUCAAACUUUCAAAGUUAUUCAAGAUUUUAUUUUAUGUUCACUAAAUUCGAUCUCAUCUGGUCUCUUAGUUAUUUUGCUCUGAUAGUCCUGAAUUUCCUGGAGAAACCUCUAUGGUGUGAAAAGAAUACCACGCAUUCUUGCAAUGAUAGAGAGUAUUUCUUUUUGGGACAGUUGCCAUAUCUAACUGCCGCACAAUGUAUUAUUUAUGAGGGAAUAGUUCUUGUUUUGCUAAUCAUCCAUACUUUCUGGCCUUUAUCAUACGAAGGGCCCCAUAUAUAUUGGAAAAGUCCUAUUAAUCUAGUGAAGGCCUUCUGUCUGUUAGUUAUCCUUGCUGAUAUGCUGGUUUAUGCUCUGUAUAUGUCUCCGGUGGGUUUGGAUUUUCUUCCUUUCAGAAUUGCACCUUAUAUCAGGGUUGUUCUUUUUGUUCUGAAUAUUAGGGAGCUACGAGAAACCACCAUCGUCUUGGCUGGAAUGUUUGACACAUACUUAAAUAUCUUGGCUUUGGGGCUUCUUUUUCUUGUUUUUGCGAGUUGGGUGGCUUAUGUGAUUUUUGAAGAUACAAUGCAGGGGAAAACAGUAUUCACUUCCUAUACUACAACGUUAUAUCAGAUGUUUCUGUUAUUUACCACAGCCAAUAAUCCAGAUGUUUGGGUUCCUGCAUACAAGGCUUCACGUUGGUCUUGCAUUUUUUUCAUUCUGUUUGUGCUGGUGGGAGUCUACUUUGUUACAAACUUGAUCCUUGCCGUUGUUUAUGACAGUUUCAAGAGUGAGCUUGUAAAACAAGUUUUUGAUAUGGAUCAUAUGAGAAGAGCUAUGUUGGAGAGAGCUUUUAAUCUCCUAGAUACACAUAAAGUUGGAUAUCUCAACAAAGAUCAAAUCAUUAGGCUCUUUGAGGAGGUGAACAAGUACAGGACUUUGCCAAAAAUCUCCAAGGAAGAAUUUGAGCUGAUAUUUGAGGAGUUGGAUGACACUCAUGAUGUAAAGAUCAACAAGGAUGAAUUUGCUGAUAUUUGCAAUGCCAUCGCCUUAAAAUUCCAGAAGGAAGAUGUGCUUUCUUACUUCGACUAUUUAGUAUUCUACCAUUCACCAACGUCAAAGACAUUGAAAGCUUUCGUAAGGAGCACCAUGUUUGGAUACAUAGUGACCUUUGUACUCGUAGUGAAUCUGGUUGCUGUAAUUAUUGAGACAACGCUUGACGUAGAAAAUAGUUCUGCUCAAAAGGCUUGGCAAACGGCUGAGUUCUUUUUCGGGUGGAUAUAUGUAAUAGAAAUGAUUCUAAAGGUUUACUCAUAUGGAUUUGAAAACUAUUGGCGGGAUGGUCAAAAUCGCUUUGAUUUUGUGAUCACAGUGAUAAUUGUCAUUGGAGAAACUAUAGAUUUUGCUUUUCCCGAUGAUGCUCUGCCAUUUUUCACAAAUGGAGAAUGGAUUCGUUACCUCCUUCUUGCAAGAAUGUUGAGGUUGAUAAGGCUCCUAAUGCAUGUCCAGCGAUUCCGAAGUUUCGUGGCAACUUUCUUAACUCUGAUACCAAGUUUGAUGCCAUACCUUGGGACCAUAUUUUGCAUCUUGUGUAUUUAUUGCUCACUUGGCAUCCAGAUUUUUGGUGGUCUAGUUAAUGCUGGAAACCCAGAUUUGGAGGCCACAGACCUUGCUGCUAAUGACUAUUUACUUUUUAAUUUCAAUGAUUAUCCAAACGGAAUGGUGACACUAUUCAAUUUGCUAGUCUUGGAGAUAUGGGAAGAAUUGAUGGAGAGCUACAAGGAUUUAACUGGAACUUCGUGGACCUAUGUGUACUUCAUUAGCUUCUACUUAAUUACGGUUUUGCUGCUUUUGAAUUUGAUUAUUGCUUUUGUCUUGGAGGCAUUCUUUGCUGAAAUAGAGCUAGAGUCAUCAGAAACUUGUGAUGAAGAUGACAAGAAGGGAGUUGCAGGAGAUAGAUAUCGGAGGCGACGAGCUCUUGGAACAAAAACACGAAGCCAGAGGGUUGAUGCUCUUCUUCAUCAUAUGCUAAGCGCUGAGCUGGGUCAAAAUCAUCCUUCCAAUACAUAAUUCUGAGUAUAUCCUCUUCAAGGAUGCACAAAGAAGACAUUUUAUUAUGUAAAAUUUGUAAGGAUCUUUCAUGUGCUCUAUCUUCAUGUUAUGCUAUUUGAUUGAAUCAAUAUGGAUCGACGGAAAGCAAUACGUUGCAAUUAACUCCAGUAACCUGUGGGUCAGGUCAAACAUGGUUUUUCCGUUAUUAUUUGUGGAAAAAGCACACAAUCAAAUGCCUUGAUGAGCUUGUGCUGAAGGAGAAUAAAUCACAAGUAGCAGGAUAUUGUAUUCCACGAGGUGUUAGCAGACUAGUGUGUUGUAAUGGCAACCUUUUGUUUAUUUGGUUUUUAUAAUCCUUCCUGGGUUUGAUAUUUUAUAGACUGCAAACUGUUAGUAGUUCUCCUUUCUUCCAUUAUUAUUCAUUCAUGUUCUCAUUCAUCAUUCAAUUAUUUAGCCAUAUUGUUUUUUUA